GUGUUGUUGAUAAUGAAACUGCCAACUUGUAGUAGGAUCGUCGGCUUUGCAUAGAAAUGGAAUACUUAUUCACAUUUCCAUUCCUUCUUUUGGAAGUUCCCAACUUACGAAUAAAACGACCAUCAUGGUUUCAACAGCCCUCUGCUAUGGUCACCUAUUCAUUAGUUUUACUAUCAUAUUUUCUUGUUACUGGAGGUAUAAUUUAUGAUGUCAUCAUUGAACCCCCCAGUGUAGGAUCUACAACUGAUGAACACGGACAUUCCAGGCCUGUGGCCUUUAUGCCAUAUAGAGUUAAUGGACAGUACAUAAUGGAGGGUCUUGCGUCUUCGUUUCUUUUCACUAUUGGCGGGCUUGGCUUCGUCAUUCUUGAUCACACACAUAAUCCAAUGACUCCUAAGCUCAACAGGAUUUUAUUAAUCUCAGUUGGAUUUAUUUGUAUCGUUGUCUCAUUCAUCGCUUGUUGGGUGUUUAUGAGAAUGAAAUUACCUGGAUAUCUGAGAACAUAACGGAUCAUAAUGAACAUAAGGAAUAUUUAAUGUCUUCUGCCCUUAUUUAAUUUUAAUUCUAUUUCUAAAAAUUAAAAAAAAAACUACUUAUAUUGUAUAAAAUACAUAUAUUUUACUUUAUCAGAAGCAAGUUGUUAUUAUAAGUUAGUUUUUAAGGUACUGAAAUAUAUUUAUUCAAUAAAUUGUUUUAUUGAUUUUUUUUAUAAUACAUUAAAUUUGUUAUGUAUUCGAUAAUAACUUAUAUUCCAUUCCUGAUAUUAAACUUACUUUUUCAAAAGCUUGUUUUGUUGUUUUUUUAUGAACAAUUUAAUCUAUAAAAUUACAUUUGUUAAAAACAUUUUUUGAAUUGAUAAAGAACUCAACAAUUCAUUUUCAUAGAGUAGCUUGUAAGUAAAGAUGUAAAAGCCAGGUGAUGUAGUAGUUCUUGUAAUCACAACUAUAAUUGAAUCCUAAAAGAGCUGAAACAGAAAUUUAAGAUCAUAGUUAUUCUUUUUUGGGUAAUUUUUAUGAUCAGAUUCCCAUGCAGGUCAUGUCAUAAACGCAUAACAGUAAUCAUCUCAUGUGAAUUGAUACUACAAAACAGUGAGAUUUUUUUUUUUAUACGUGUUUGGAGAGAAGAAAAAAAGUUAUGGAAAAAACAACUCAGUAUUCAAACCCAUUUAUAGAUGAGAAUGAGAACUUGAAGUUAGCACCAUAUAAAACAACUAAAUUAAAAAGUAAAUGUCAAAAUAAGAGAGUUAAAAAAAUAAAUAAGAGUGAAAUGGAGAAUAAAAAAUCAACAAUAAACAAAAUAAUGGAAGAGAAGUAAGACUGUAAAGAUGGAUCAAAUACAAAAAAAACACAAUAAAUCAAUAGGAAGUUGGACUUUAAAUAGUAAUUGGCUAAUCAGCAGUAAUUUAAAUGAGAAAUUUUAGUCUACAAGAUGCAUAUAAAUUGAAUAUUUGUAAAAAAAAUCAUGAAAAACAAAGAGUCUACUAAUAGGAACAUGCAUAAUUAUACUGCAUACACAUUCAAACGACAAAAAAAUGAAAUGAUUCGAGUAACAAAAUCUAUUACUUGGCAAAAUCGGGUGAUUUAUCAAUAACAUGUUCAAACUCUGCAAAAGACAGAGCUCCAUCGUCAUCUAAAUCAGCCUCCGCAAGUAUAUUUUGAAUGAGAUGGGUCAUUUCGUUGUCAUUUAAUUUCUGAGGACUGGUUAGCCUGUCUAUUAUUUCCUUCAGGUCCGAAACCCCUAGCAUAUCAUCACCAUCAAAAUCUGAAUAUUGAAAAUAAUUAAUAUGAAUAGUCAAUUUUAAAACAAUUAUUUUUUUAUAGAAGAAGAUUCUAAGAUUGGUGAUGAAAUCCUGAGAAUGAUAAAUAUUAAAUUUAAUAAAAUAAUGUUAGAACUAUCAGAUAUGUGCACGUUACUCUCAAAACACCAAAACUGAUUGGUUAGUCAGCAAAUAUUAUUUUAUUCUUUUGUAUUAUAGUAUUAUAUUUAGUUAGAGCUUAUUCAUAUACUUCUGUUAUAGUUAGUCAUAUACUCCUAUAGUAAGACCUUAUUCUCAUAUUAUUUGUUAUCUAUAUAUUUAAUAUAUUAGUUUUGGGUCCACAACACCUGAGUAUUUAAAAUAAAUUAAAAAAAUGUUAUCAAGCCGAAACCAAGAAACCCUUUUUAUUGGAUGCUGUAUUAAAAUUUUAUUAUUAAUGUAUGAUAUUCUGAUAUUGUUUCUAAAGUACUGCAUGAUAAAAAUGGCUUGCCGUAUCACUUUUGAUAGACAUUAAUUACAAAAGGCAUAAGAACAGAGGGAAAACGGAAGGAUCCCUUUGGGAAUAUAUUAAAUAGCAAUCAGUGUCUUAUGAGAUGCCAGCAUAUAUCUGAAAGUUUUAUAAAAAUAACGUCAACUUGAUAAAAACAAUGCGGCUUUAAUAAAUAGGAAUGAAAUUUUGAUGGUGUGUGGAAACAUAGUGAAAUACAACAAAAAUACUUAACGAAAAUCCUAAAGGCGUGUUCAGCUUUCACGGACUUAGGGGUAGAAUCACUAAAGACAGACAUCAUAUCAAGAAAAUCUUCAAAAGUACAGUCCCCAUCUUGACUAGUACUAAAAACUUUGCAGAUUCUGUCGCCAAAAGGAUUUACUCUUAACUCUGGAUACUGCAAAACUUUGUUCAUAGGAAGUUUAGCGUUCCUAUUAUGCCCAACCUUUUCUGGUGCCAAAGCUUUGAAUUUCAUAUGGGCACUAAAACAAUUAAUGGAUCAAUUCAUUGUUACUAUUCAAAUAACAUCUUAGGUAUUAGAUACUUACUGCAUCACCUCUUUCUUGGUAAAAUAAGUUAAAUCCUAUAAAAGAAAUAUGAACAAUUUAGUAGAGCAUAUGAUCAAUAAAAUAGCAAGAUGAAAUCAGACACGUAUAAUGGUAUUCAAAAUAUUUGAGUGAUUAUUACUAUGUUGAAUUACUAAAGAAUCAAUGUGAACAGUUUUUUUUUUUUUUAAUAAAAAAUUGUCUUCAAGUAUUAAUAAAAAAAUUUCGAUAAUAGUCAUAAAACAAACCUGGUAAUCUUGAAGUUCUUCCUCUGUGAAUUGACUUGAUCUUUGGCCCAUUACAGGUUUUUCAGUAACCAAGUUUUAAAUGGUUCUAGAGAUAUUUAA